AUGGAGCCACGUUGGGCACUUUUGAUAUUGAUUUUGACUCUGCCAUUUGCCCUGGCGUUGAAGAAAGGCAAAACAGCGCCACAGAAGAAGUCUACGCCAAGGGAAAACUACUUCAUAAAAUCCUCAGAGUGUCGCAUUCGGAAUGUGCAACAAAUGCCAACGAAUGCCACGAACAAUAGGCAGGAUGCUGAUUUUAGUGAGUGCUAUCAAGAUUAUGAUUUGAUCAGCACACGCUUCCACGACAAAUACCAGCGAUAUUUGCUGCACAUCAACGAACUUCUCUCGCAAUUGAUUGUUGGGUACAGUUGCAGUUAUCUGGCGAUACAAAGGGGCACCCAAAUCGUACGUAAAGAGGUGCCCUUUCGGGAUGGCUAUGUGGUGCCGCCGGAGGUGGAGGGCAUGAUAGCCAGCUGCAGCAAUAGCCUGGGGAAAGUGCUCCAAGCCAAGGCCUUGACCUUUGUACAGCCACGCAGUGGAGCGCGUAAAGCGCCCAAACACCGGAGACACCGUAAAGCCAAUGUCAUUAUGAUCAGUAUGGGUGCCAUUUCUCGUUUGAAUUUUCGCAAAAACCUCCCAGAAUUGGGCAAACACCUGCAAAUGGAGGGCUGGUACGAGAUGCAAGGCUACGGCAGUGUGGGCCAAGGCCUCAUGCCCAAUCUGAUGGCCAUACUGUCGGGCUACAGUCCCGACACGUGGAAGAACAUGGAGUGCCAGUCGCAGCAAUUUGGCUGCUUGGAUGCGCUACCUUUGAUUUUUGAUCACUUCAAGCGGCAUGGCUAUCUGACGGCCUACGGCGAGGAUAUGAGCUACCAAAAUCCCUUUGCAUUCGCAACGUCCAGCCUCGACUAUUAUGCCCAGGGAAUGAGCACUGAAAUGCCCAGCAAUUGCCUUGGCAGACUGCUGAAUAUUCGCUAUGUCUAUGAAUUCUGGCAGCAAUAUCUGGAGCAGCACUUGCCGAUGGGACCGGCCCAGCCCCUGUUUGGACUCUUCCGGACAAACAGCUGGAACUACGACCUCUUUGAGGGUGGUAAUAUACUGGAACCGUUUGUUAUGGAAUACUUUCAGCGCUUCAUUGAGCUGGGACUCUUCAAGCACUCGAUUGUGAUGCUCUUCAGCGAUGGCGGUGGAGGCCUUGCGGAGAGCCUCCUGUCCAUGCUGUUCAUUUGGCUGCCGCCUUGGUUUCGCGCCAAGCAUCCGGAAGCGGUGCAGGCCUUGAAGACCAAUAGCCAACUGCUGACAUCCCCAUACGACCUGCAUCUCACCCUCCGGCACAUUGUGGAGCUGGGCGAGCGGUGGCCCCAGGCUGUGGCCGAGCUGCAGGACUGUCCCAAGUGCCAGACACUGCUGGCGCCAAUGAACGAGAGCCGCACCUGCCCGGAUGUGGGUAUAGGUGAUGCCACAUGCCCCUGCAACACCUACAAGCCACUUGGCAGCAGGAAAACGAGGCAACUGCCACUGGGUGAGCUUCUUGUGCGGGGCAUAAACGACUAUUUGCACCAGAGAAACCUCCAGGAGCUCUGCUCCAACCUCACCCUCAAGGCCGUCACAGCCGUGUCCGUUCGUGUGGAGAGGCAGCAUCCCAAGUCCCCCCACAUGGACACCUAUCGCGUGACAUUCAGGGCCCAGCCCAGCCGUCCAGAGUUCGCCGGAACCAUUCGCUUUGACCACAAACUGCAGACAAUGGGCGACCUGAAUGUGGGUUCCAUUCAGAGAUUGGAUCCCUAUCGAAAGGAUUCCGAAUGCAUGAAAAAACUCACGGGCAAGAGGUUUUCUGCCAGCAUGCCCGUGCUCAAUUGA